AGCCACAAGUUGAUUCAUCUGAUUGGCCCCGAUGCCUUUGCGUGAGAUGUUGCUGCUGAUGGCAGUGUGGAGAUGAAUCGUAAGUCAGCGUUGGUGUUUUUGUUAGCUUCCGUGACGGUUCGCUGCCCAAUUGGCACUCGCAUUUUCAACUUCCGAGCACUCCAUACGCAUUCAUCUCGACUUCGGCCAACGCCACCUUCCAAUCCAACACCCCCCCCGAACGAUAGCAUAAAUCCUCCAAGAUUAACGAAUUAGCACCAUAGGAGCGAUGGACUACGCCAGCAUUGCUACGCCGUCGGCCUGCUAUGCUGACUUCUGCCUCCUCCCCAUUGGCACUGGCAGCGUCUCUGUGGCAGAGGAUAUUGCAGAGGUGCAGAAGGUGCUCAAGGCGAGCGGGCUGAAGUAUACUCUGCACUCUGCUGGGACGACUGUUGAGGGCCAGUGGGACGAAGUCAUGGCGGCGGUUGGCAAGGCCCACGCCGUGGUGCACAAGCGUGGCGUCGUGAGGGUUCAGUCAUCCAUGAGGGUCGGCAGUAGGACGGACAAGAAGCAGACGGCCGAGGACAAGGUCAAGCGGGUGGAGGGCCUGUUGGCUGCGGCGGGGGAGAGCAAGUGAGGCGCCAUACGGGCAAUGAAGCCUCUGGAUUCUGCAUCGCCAUCUGCGGAUGGGUCCAUAGAUGCCGAGGCAGUCAAACAGUGGAGGACGAGAUACGUAAAUAGAUGACAUGAAACUCCAUAUCUGGCCUCCCAUCAGUGCUGCCAAGAUGCCGUGUCCCAGCCCACGAGUCUCCGGUCCACCGGGCAAAAAACAAGUCUUCCGCUGCCGUCCCGGUCACGGCG